AUGUGGCCCGAUGAACAGACUGUCGAAAGUAUUGUUGGUAGUGAAAAUCGACUGUUCAUAAUCUUAUACAAGGAGCUGUACUAUCGCCAAGUUUAUGCUCGCAAUCAGCGUGGACCAUCACUUUCGCAUCGAUUUGAGUCCUUCAUGAAUUAUCAGGAUCUGUUCUCGGAAAUUCUUUCGAGCAAAGAGCCAGUCUCCCUGUCUCUUCCAAAUGUUUGGCUUUGGGAUAUCAUAGAUGAGUUUGUAUACCAGUUCCAAGCAUUUUGCCUGUACAAAGCAAAUCCUCAAAAGAGAAGCGUUGAUGAAGUCGAUGAGCUGAUAAGUAUUGAAGAAGCGCAAAAUGUAAGUAAUUUUUCCUUAUUGUUGCUCGUUUCCACAUAGCU